AUGAACUCUUUAAAUGAGACACACAGGAAAAAUAGUUUACUUCGCUAAAGAAAUCCGCAAAAAAUGUUGAUAAUCAUAGCAUUAAUUGCGUUUACACUUAGUGUAUAUUUGAGCAACGCCCAGGACCCUCAGCUCCCCUGGCACAUGCCGAAAUAUCAGGCCGGUGGUUUAUCAUUUUCACCCAUUUUGCCUCCACUGAAAGAAUCCCCCCAGCAAGAGCUGUAUAACCCCCAGGAGGUGUUUCCUCCCGACAUGAGUGACCCUCAGGGCCAGUUGUCCUCCUCCUCUCGAUCUCAGCGCUGUGUGGUGGAGCAGUAUGCGCGCAUUGAGUGUGGAGAGCCCGACAUCACCCCUGCUGAAUGCGAGGCCAUCAGCUGCUGUCACGAUGGACAGCGCUGCUACUAUGGCAAGGCAGUUACCCUGCAGUGCACAAGGGAUGGGCAGUUUGUAUUGGUGGUUGCUCAAGAUGCCACCCUGCCACGUAUAAGUCUAGACUCCAUCCAGAUGCUGGAGGAUGACCCCAGUGGACAAUGCGCUUCUGUUGACCGUACUGCCAGCUUUGCCAUCUAUCAGUUUCCCGUCAGCUCCUGUGGCACUAGAAUGAAUGAAGAAAGCGGAUCUGUUAUUUAUGAGAACAUGAUGUCUUCGGUGUACGAAGUUGGCAUUGGGCCCCACGGAUCACUCACAAGAGACAGUGCUUAUGAGCUGAAAUUCCAGUGUAGGUAUUCGGGAACCGCAGUUGAGGCUCUGGUGGUUGAGUUAAAUAAGGUUCCCCCUCCUCCUCAUGUCUUGCAGCAAGGCCCUCUGAGAGUGGAGCUCAGACUCGCCAGUGGACAGUGCACCACUAAAGGAUGCACUGAUGGGGAUAUGUAUACCUCGUACUACUCAGAGUUGGACUACCCUGUUACUAAACUAUUGAGAGAACCUGUAUAUGUGGAGGUGCGGAUUCUGGAACUGACUGACCCAAAUAUUAUCCUUGUCCUGGACCACUGCUGGGCCACGUUCUCCAAGGAACCACUGAGCCUGCCCCAAUGGGACCUGGUAGUUGAUGGCUGCACUUAUAAAGAUGACCAUUACCUUACCACAAUCAUUCCUCUUGGAGAGUCAGGGCUGCAGCACCCAUCUCACUUCAGACGAUUCGUCCUGAAGAUGUUCACCUUUGUAAACCAGUCAUCUCUUGUACCUUUGCAGGAACCGGUCUUCAUUCACUGCUCUACGUCUCUUUGCCACUCCUCUGCCAGGGAGUCCUGUGAGCCCAGCUGUGGCAGGACAAGAAGGUCAAUUUCACAUGAACUGAGGGCUUUUGAGGAGGAAGUUCUGGUUUCCAGUGGCAAGGUCAUUCUUCUCUCCGAUUUGCCUGUUUUGGAGAACCUAACUGAGGAAGAAGACAUUAGCUUAUGUAUUAUGGGUGACCGCAGCUCUCACUGGGUUUGGUGUUUGUGGACUUGUGUUGGCCGUUUUAAUACAGCGGUCCAAACCUCAACCUCCGCCUGCUCCAGUAUGAUUUAUUGUAUAGUUUCAUUUGAAAUAAAAUGACAAUGUUAUGGCCUCUCUUGUGUGAUCACUUUCUACGGUUCAGUAAUCAUGAAGACAAAGACUGGAUAAUUGGAAAACAUUUAUUGCAGAGACCUCACAGUGGGCAAGCAUGUGACCAUA